AUGUACCAAAAUAACAAUGAUAAUAGUGGUGCCCCGCCCUUGACUUGGGGAAACGUUGCACUGGCAGCAUCGCUGCUGCUCAUCAAUGUGGGGAUAUCAUCGUUCAUGAAGCUGGGUCUCGAAAGGCCGAUAUUGGUUGCUGGCACCCGGUGCUUUGUCCAGCUCACGUUGCUCGGGCUGGUUCUCAAGCGCGUAUUCGCCAGCAACAAUCCAUUCAUUGUUCUGGCCAUAUCAGGUGUGUUGGGAGCACUGGCAGCGCUGGAAGUAUCUGAGUGGAAGUCAAGGCGCACGGUCAAGGGCAUGUUUUGGAUUUCAUUUUGCGCGAUCUGCGGCAGUUCACUGACAGUGAGUCUGAUCGGGGCGACAUUUGCAAUGAACUUUGAUCCAAUUCUUUCUGCUUCAAAAUUUAUUCCAACCAUGGGCAUGGUGUACGGAAACACCAUGGUUGGAGCAGCCCUAGGCAUGGAAUCAGUGCUUGCUUGGGUGGAUUCCCGGCGAGACACCGUUGAAGUAAUGCUAUGUUUUGGUGCUUCGCGAUGGGAAGCUGUGCGACCGAUUGUUGUUGAGGCAGCUCGUACAGCGAUGAUUCCAUCAAUUACAGCAGUGAGCAUCACGGGACUGAUUUCAAUUCCAGGGAUGAUGAGCGGUCAGAUUCUUGGUGGCGCAGACGUUAUGGAUGCGGCACGGUAUCAACAGGUUAUCAUGUUUAUGAUAGCCGCUAGUGUGUCGAUGAGCGUAGUUACUGCGUCAAUGGCUGUGGCUUUUAUCGUGGUUGACAGUCAUCCGAUGCUGCGCACGGAGAGAAUUAGGACAAAGGGCAUAGUGGGUAACUCGAACAAAGGCAAGCCUUUGUCGAGAUCAAACACAUUAGAGGAACCCAGAUCGCACGGAUCAUUUGUGCGCACAAAGGCAUGGAAGGCAACUAUUGUUACUGGAAAUCAACGCUUUUAA